ACCAAGUGGAGGGCACUGCAAGCUCCACGCACACUGCAAGCAAGAUGAUUAUUGAUUAUUCACCGGGAUUAUAGGCUGCGGCCGCAGGCACCAUAUUUGACGUAAGGAAGAUCUUUCAUUAGUAGCAGCGGCACUAAUUUAAAGGCUGUUCUAUAAUCCAUUUUACGGUUUAAGGACAUUUUCAGGGCGGAGAAUUUUAUUGAAUUUUCGUUAAACAGAAUUCUCGUUAAAUAGAUGGUCUAUUUAACAUUCAUUUUCGUGUUCUUAUAAAAACUUAAAAGUGGAAGUAGACUACAAUAGUUAUUGUGCUUGUUGUGAUCGGUUGCGAAUAUUUCUGUGCAAUGGGAAAACCGGCCAAGACGUUCACGGUCGUGCUUAACCGCGACCAGAACUGGGCCUAUCACGAGAUUAUCACGGAGGCCCUGUUCGUGCUGUGGGCCGGAUGCCAUUUGUCCUUGAAAUUCGGUACGCGCUUCUUCCCAGAAUGGGAAAUAACGCGCAGCGACCCGGACAGCUAUACAAAUCUGGAUUUUCUUCUGUGGUUGCUGCUUCGUCGGAAUAUAACCGGCUGCGUAUGGGAUAACAUCGCCUCCCCUUGGAAGUCAUACAUGCCGCAAACGGUCACUAAUCCGGUUAUCACAAGUCGAGAGCACUCUAAUGCCGGUUACAUCGGAACCUUCGCCACCGUCCUCAUAACCGUACUGCUGGGCGUCUCUGCUGCCUGCUCCGCUUGGGUCAACCGUCACUGGAGAGUUCCCCGCUGGACACAGCAUCUCCGCAACUGUCGCCGCAUCACGACCUGGCUCGGCUACGGUACAACCUCCGGCGGCGCGGGUGAUUUGGAUUUUGAUGAGGAUCCGAAGACACCCGAGUGGCGAAUGGUGGUGUUUAACAUCCUUCUACUCUAUGCCAGUAUGUCUGUGUUUGUCGGGUUGUGGCUGGUGUUCUGCGCUUUGCCGGUGGUCAUUCUGGUCGGUCUAACCAUUGCCUUUGUGGGUCGACACUGCGGCGAAGAAGCUCUGUUCCCGACUACUGCCGUGUGCUUCUGUUUGCUUGCUGUGUAUUGCAUCGGCAGGAUUUGGGGGUUAUGGAUGAACAAGACGUAUUUUAUGCAGCUGCAUGAGAUUAUCAGGAGUGCCACGGGAAUGCGCCUUUUCGUGCAACCAUUCGCGGCUUAUCAGGAAGUGGCACACGAGACGGAAGCAGCGACCGAUAGUUCGUUGCCCGCUAAGCUCGAGACGGCAACCGAUCCUUCGUUGUCCGCUAAGCUGGAGGCGGUGUGGUCCUUAUGGUUCACGAUCAUUCUGAUGGUGAUGCCGGCGCUUUACGCUGUGGCUAACCACUGCGUAGCGACCCUUGAAGGACUGCCGGGCGAUAGCGGCUGGAUGGAUCCGUUCUCUCUGCUUUUAUUUUCAUUGGCCAGUGGCCGUGGCGGAUCGACAUCUGCCUCUGGACAUUCUGCAAGCGGCUGGACAUUCACCAAUUGCACCGAGUGCUGUGACAAUUACGCAACGGGAAUGAGCCAAACCAACGCGAUGCUGUCGUACUAUAUCGAUUUACACCAACCCCGUUGGACAACCAGGCAUCCGGUUAUUUUGGCGCUAUUUAACACGGUCAUCUCGCCCGUGACGGAACGUUUCUACAUGGCGUGGAUGGGGAUCCUUGCGUGGGGUGUCGGGUUGCCAAUGAUUCUUUUGGGAUUAACUGGAGCAGCAUGUGGUGUUUGGCAAUGCUUCCGCGGUCUAAUCAGCGGCCUGUACCAGUGGAUCUGGAAACCGAAAACGAACCAGGAUGAUCCGGAAGACCGCAAAGCGGAAACGACUAGCCCUGAUAAACCGGCUGUCCAGACAAAGAAGAGACCGUUCUGCGUGUGCGCUUUGUGGAUGGGUAUUGAACGCUACAUCCUGGUGGUAUUUUCUCGUUGUUUGUUCUGGACAUUCAUCCCGUUUCCGGUGCUGGUACUGAUGGUCCCGGAACAGUUUUUGUUGCCAGUUUGGCUGCUGUUGUUGACAAUCAUCGAAGUGGGUCUCUACGGCUGGGUGUGGAAAAACAUCUGUUGGGGCUAUCGAGAACUGCAUACAGAUUGCGGCGAUCGCGCACACCCUGUGAAAGCUGAAGCGGAAGAAGACGACGCAUCGCUUUUGACAGCGUGAAAGCUGUCAAAGGUAACCAAAUAGGCGUAAAGCUUUUAGCCCUGCGCUUGUUGAUUCAGUCAUGAUCAUUUAUCAUUCGCUUAACGUUCGUAUUGAAGUAUCGCCAUACCACCAAUACGUGGCGUACAGCUGCUUGCUUAAGAUACAACAGUUACAGGUGAUGUACUUGUACUGUACUUGUGCACUUUCGCAUAGAUUAGCCUAUUUCAGAUUGCACGGUUUAUGUUUCUUUCGGCUCCGGCUCCAUGUGGAACCUUCGGUUCCGGGUUGUUUUACGUCCGUUCGCGACGUUAGCAGCUGUAACCUAGCGUCGUGCGGUGACGCGUAAAAACUAUCUGCCUUACGCGGAUGCUUGCAACGGCUCAGACACAUCAGUGAAUGGCAGGCCAGCUUAUGCUGCCCGUGGAUCUUUUUUUAGCGCUCAGACCGCCGACCGUUAGCAGGGUGGUCACGUCCUCGCGCGUACUCGACUCGAUAAUUUUUUCGUUGCUGUACGUGACCAAAAUGUAACCGCACAAAGAUCUGAAGCAGUUUUCAUCCUGCUAACGUACUGCUUAUCUGACGCCGUGCACUUCUAUGUACGGAGCUUCUACCGUAUGCAAUCUGAAAUAGGCUAUUGAUUAGUGUUGUUCGUACGCCUGCAUGCGUUCUUAAUCGCAGUUAUGUUAUUAAAAUACUUUAUUGACAAGUUGUACAAGCUAAAAGCCAUUUACACUUGAACUUGAUAAACCAAUUUAGAACAAAAAGA